AUGGCCGAUGCAAACGUAGAAAAUGUGGAAGAACACCUACAGGCAAUAUUUUCCCAGUCUAAGAAUGACACUCCGGACUUGAAGCAGGCAGGAGACGCGUUCCAGGCCAUUGCUAAUACCCUGCGUCUACCAACGGCAGCCCCCACAAGGGAUGAACUCGGUAAAUCCGAGUUACCAGAGGCUCUCGUGAGUUUUUGGAAAUCAGCAAUACCGGAUACCAACUCUCGACCAACCGGAGCAGCUCGUACAUGCAUUCUGGAACUGCUGCGAGUUGCUGCAAAUCUGUGUAAUGACAAUGAUCCGAAUAGGCAACGACUCUUAGAUGUUGGGCUUUUACAGCUUUUACUCCCAAUGCUUAGUGCCUAUAGCCAGGAAGGCAUAGAACUGGAGCUCGAAGACCUCAAAGUAACCAAAACCUCACUAGGGGCUGUAUUCAUGCGCCUCGUUCGCUUCAUCAUAGAUACACUUCGGACCAAAUUGAUAGAAAUGGAUGCUCCACUCAUAGUAUUGAAACUGUCCAACGAGAUAUAUGAAGUUGGAUCAUGGACCAAGACCAUUUCCGGAGAUGAAGAACCAGAGAGUUGGACUUGGAGGAGUGGACUGUCGGGAUGGACUCGUAGGUUGCUGGAGUCACUUCUCGAAUUGGAGCCUACCCCUAAAUUCGGACCAUCUGUUCUUCCAUACCUAUUAAAACCCCUCGACAUCUUCAGCAGCCAAGGCUCCCGAACACCCACCGCAACACAUAAUUCUACUAGUAAAUCCACCGAAGCAUCACCUCCAGACCUGAUCGCUGCCGACCUGGAAGCUCUUGAGGCCUCUUGUACCCUACUCGAGUCUCUUGCUCUCGACUCGGAAGUGAUUCGGCUUGCGAUUGCAAGCGACGCCAACCUGCUCCGCAUCAUCCUCCGAUUUAUUGAAUUCGCCCAACCCUUGCCCGAAUGGCGCACGAAUGAUUCGACGGGCAAAGACAAUGCUAAAUGGGACAAAAAGGUCGGACUGUGCAAAGGUGCAGUAAUCAAGGCUUUAGUUACUGCUGCUGGAGAGGACAGGGCGAUAUCUAGCUUGUGGGACGAUACUAAGCUAGAUGGCGGUAACCAAGCUGCACCUGGCGGAUGGUUUGUUGCGGCCAUGUUGGCAUGGAUUAAACAAUACCGGAACGUAGAUCCAAGUGACGCGCGAGAUGACUUGGUCAUAUGCGCUACAUUAACUCUUGGAAAUCUCGCUCGCCGCGAUGAUUACUGCGUUGCACUCGUGGCCCCUCCCUCCUCAAUCGUUCCAGACCUCGUACCGUUUAUUACUCCGGUGACGGACAUGAAGGUCAAGCACGGGGUACUAGGGCUCCUCAAACACCUGGCUCAGCCAGUUCCAAACAAAAUGGUUCUUGGUGACGCUGGCGUGUUGGAGGCACUUUCUGCAUCGGGUGUCUGGGAUAGUGAAUCUGAUCGUGCGGAAGCCGUCCAAGCAUCUGCUGUUGGAAUCGCAAAGCACUUGUGUUUGAGUAAUGUGAGCAACACCCUACGCCUCGUUCUACCUCCUCCGACCGCCCAACCUGCAACACCCGCCGUCGCGUCCCCAGUCAUCGAUGAUGAUGACGACGAGCCCAGCGGAAUGGACCAAGUGAUCAAUCUUUCCCAACGCUCUGACACCGUCGCGCUCAAAUCCGAGGCCGCACGGGUAUUGGUCAACGCUGUCAAGUCACUAUGGUCUCCCGCCGGACCAGAAGAGAGCAUCGCCGUAUCCGCGGGCCAACGUAAGAGAGCCAUUCGUAGGCUUUCGAACCGCCAGAGCACACGGCGUUGGCCGAGCUGGUUGGACGAAGCCGAAAGAAGCCAACAUCAUGGAGCACCUUAUGUCAUUUCCGCGUACGACCGGGCGCUUGACGUGCCCAUGGCGGUGGUGACCGGCAACAAAUCGUCCGUAGAGGAAGGAGGCACAUUGCAGCAUCCCAAACUGAUUGAUAUGCUAAGUAUCAUAUUGAAGAACGAGGACAAGGUGUUCCCCCCGCAGCUCAGGGCAAAUGUAUGCACGCUCUUUGCGAGUGUGUCUAGUCUAGAUGCACCUGCGCUGCGGAUCAUAGAAAAGGUGAAACGUACUAUCAAGCCGAUCCUUUCGGACAUUGUCGCGGCAGAUAAGGAAGAACCGGUCGUGCAGACAGCAGCCAAGAAGAUUUUGGACACUUGGGCCGAAAGCUAG